ACCAUGUGGGCACCUGCGUUGGCAAUCAGUACUGUGAUGUAUAGGGUGGGCACGAGUCUCCUUCACCGACCGCAUAUGCAUUCGCAAGUCAUCCCCAGAAAACAUGUUCAACGGCCACACACAUCCAAAAGGCUGGCCACUAAAUGUCCAUUCAAUAUCUGCCCUUGAAGAACAGGAUGGAAACGAGAUAUCUUUUUCUCGAAGUGUUUUUGUUGUUAGAAGCAUUAUCCAUAGGACGCGGCCUUAUUCCAAGGGUGACGAACCUUUUCCAUUCCACCUGCUUCCUUUCCUUUGUCCACUACGGUACACAGAUAAGAAGAUUACUAUACUUGCCUUCUCCUUCCUUGGACUAUUCCUUGCCGCUUUGCGGAAUCUUUCAGAAAAACAAUUGCUUGGGUUCCAAUCGACACCUUCUUUAUAUGUAUUGAUCAUUAGCAAAGGGGCGGGAGUUGUCUUCACGAAGCUAAGAGGAGGAGUCGAAGGUGAUCGAUCGAUGUCAAUGGCGAUGCCGUGGGAACUCGCCGUGUACAUAGUGAACAUGGUGUGGGACGCGCUCGACGGGUGGAUAUCGUCGUGUCUGUCGGUGGCCGAUGAGAUCGCCGACGUUCUCAGGGCGGCCAACAGCGCCACCGCCUGAUGAUUCCCGUUGUGAAGUGUGAGAGCUGCGCACCGGUCUCGUCCGGCAGCUCCGAGUGUUUGUAUCCCCUUACCAUGUUCACGUUCAUCCACGAACAUGAUUGAAGGCAUUCAUGAUGGAGACAUCAGGCUUUUUAUAGUGCUUGAUAACCAAGUGUUUGUUCUUGUAAAUCCAUUCUUUCGACAUUGAGUUUUUGGAUUGCUGCAUAAGUUUGGUGUAAUGAUGUAUCAAUUCCUUGAUUCGACAGAAUUUUGAUCAAUACUUUUGCUCUC